UCCAGCACAAGAGGUAUCACCAUGGUUGCACAGGAGUUCAGUGUGGACCUGAGCAAGCCUCUUGUUUUUCAGGUAAGGAAGCUUGUAUGCAAAAAUUGAUGUUUGGGUGUUAGAUGUGCAAAAUCCAUAUGAAAUGGGUGGUUGGACACCUUGGGGAAGCCUACCAAGAAUGGGUUCAUCAGCCGAUCGUCUGCAAGGAAGGCCCCCGGUUAUUCGAAAAUCAUAUAAUGGAGUUAUUGACACGCACGAAAUGGUGGGUCAUUCCGGUUGUAUGGCUUCCUGUUGUGAGCUGGUAUUUGUUAAAGGCUAUUAGGAUGGGAAUAUCAAUUCAUGAAGCUGCUCCACUGGUUAUGGUAGGAGUGCUAGCAUGGAGCUUGCUCGAGUAUUCCUUGCAUAGAUUUCUUUUCCACAUGAAUACAAAGAGUUAUUGGACAAACACAGUGCAUUAUAUGCUUCAUGGAUGUCAUCAUAAGCACCCAAUGGAUGGUCUGCGCCUUGUUUUCCCCCCUGCCGCAACUGCUAUUCUAUGCGUUCCAUUUUGGGGUUUAAUUAGGCUUAUGUCAACCCCUGCUGCCACUCCUGCUAUAUUCUCCGGUAGCUUACUCGGAUAUGUGAUUUAUGAUUGCACCCAUUACUAUCUCCACCAUGGAUCACCUUCCAACCUACCAGUUAAAAAUCUCAAGCGUUAUCAUCUUAAUCAUCACUUCAGAAUUCAGACCAAAGGGUUUGGGAUCACAUCUUCAUUGUGGGAUGUUGUGCUGGGAACAUUGCCACCACCACUGAAAAUUCAGAAGAGUGGCUGAUUCUCUUUACUUAAAGGUUGGGAUAAUUGUUCUUGAUUGAACCUGAUUCAUCUAAUUUAUUUACUUUUGAUUUAAUAUUUUUUUUGACCAUAUGUUAUGAUCGAUUUAUACAAUAUGUUUGUCUUGAUUCUAAUGUGUUGAGGUGAAGAUUACAUGUGUUAAUUUCUUUGUUGGAUCAUGCAUUGCAGCUUGGCUCUA